CUCAGCAGCUGACAGUGAAACACGGACCGAAGCAACCUUCAUUCAUCAUUUUGAGACUAUGGGGCCGACAGGUGAGGUGGUGUUUGGCAGCCAGGUGCCGGUCUGCUCGGAGAACCGGCUGCGAUGGGAUCUGACCCCCGAGCGGAUCCAGCAGCUCUCCGACGAGCUCGUCGCCGACACCAAGAAGGUGUACGACCGCGUCGGCGCUCUGGAGCUCGACACCGUCUCCUUCGAGAACACCCUGAAGGCCCUCGCUGACGUGGAGGUCGAGUACACCGUCCAGAGGAACAUGCUGGACUUCCCUCAGCACGUCUCUCCCAGUAAGGAGGUCCGAGCAGCGAGCACCGACGCCGACAAGAGUCUGUCUGAGUUCGACGUGGAGAUGAGCAUGAGGGAGGACGUCUACCAGAGGAUCGUCGCUCUGGAGAAGAAGAUCGAUGCCGACAGCCUCAACGCAGAGUCCAAGCGUUACAUGGAGCGGCUGAUCAAGCUGGGGAAGAGGAACGGACUCCACCUGCCCAAAGAGACACAAGUGGAGAUUAAAAGCAUCAAGAAGAAGCUGAGCAACCUCUGCAUCGACUUCAACAAGAACCUGAACGAGGACACGACCAGUCUGUCCUUCAGCAGGGACGAUCUGGGCGGCCUCCCCGAGGACUUCCUCAGCUCUCUGGAGAAGGACGGAGAGAAGCUGAAGGUAACCCUGAAGUAUCCUCACUACUUCCCCACCAUGAAGAAAUGCUUCAUCCCCGAAACUCGCCGCAAGCUGGAGGAAGCCUUCAACUCCCGCUGCAAAGAGGAGAACUCGGUCAUCCUCAAGGAGCUGGUGGAGCUUCGGGCUCGUAAGAGUUCCCUGCUGGGCUUCAGCACGCACGCCGACUUCGUCCUGGAGAUGAACAUGGCCAAGUCUGGGAAGAAGGUGGCCACUUUCCUGGAGGAGCUCGCCUGUAAGCUGGAGCCUCUGGGAGAAGAAGAGCGAGCCGUCAUCCUCAAGCUGAAGGAGAAGGAGUGUCAGAAGAGGAGUCUGCCUUUCAACGGAGAUCUGCAGGCCUGGGACACUCGUUACUUCAUGACCCAGGUGGAGGAGACCCAGUACGCGGUGGACCAGAACCUCCUGAAGGAGUACUUCCCGAUGGAGGUGGUGACUCAGGGCUUGUUGAACAUCUAUCAGGAGCUUCUGGGUUUGAGCUUCGAGCUUGUUGACGGAGCAGCUGUUUGGCAUCCGGACGUCACGCUGUACUGUGUGAAGGACCGGAGCCGCGGACAGAUGGUGGGCCAGUUCUACCUGGACCUCUACCCCAGGGAGGGGAAGUACGGCCACGCCGCCUGCUUCGGCCUGCAGCCCGGCUGUCUGCUUCCUGACGGCACUCGGCAGAUGUCGGUUGCAGCGAUGGUUGCGAACUUCAGCAAACCGACGGCGGACGCUCCGUCGCUGCUGCAGCACGACGAGGUGGAGACGUACUUCCACGAGUUCGGACACGUCAUGCACCAACUCUGUGCUGAGGCGGACUACGCCAUGUUCAGCGGGACUCACGUGGAGCGGGACUUUGUGGAGGCUCCGUCUCAGAUGCUGGAGAACUGGGUCUGGGAGAAGGAGCCGCUGCAGAGGAUGUCACGACACUACAAGACCGGAAACCCGAUCCCCGACGAGCUGCUGGACAAACUCAUCAAGUCCCGCCUCGCCAACACCGGUCUCUUUAAUCUGAGGCAGAUCGUUCUGGCUAAAGUUGAUCAGGCUCUGCACACUAGAGGAGGACUCGAUGCUGCCGAGGAGUACGGACGCCUCUGUCAGGAGAUCCUGGGAAUCCCUUCUUCCCCAGGAACCAACAUGCCGGCCACCUUCGGGCAUCUUGCCGGCGGUUACGAUGCUCAGUACUACGGUUACCUGUGGAGCGAAGUGUUCUCCAUGGACAUGUUCUACGCUCGCUUCAAAGAGGAGGGCAUCAUGAACCCUAAGGUCGGUCUGGACUACAGGAACUUCAUCCUGCGGCCCGGCGGCUCCGAGGACGCCUCCGAGAUGCUGCGGAAGUUCCUCGGGCGAGAACCGAAGCAAGAAGCGUUCCUCCUGAGCAAAGGAUUGACGGUGGAGCAGGGAACGCCGUGUCCCUGCUGACCAAUCACAGCAGCCGGCUCCUCCCCCCCGCUGUGACCCGCACAUUACGGUUCACGGAGACCAGAGGACUGAGUUUUCUAGAAAAAAAAACAUGUUACCUGUAAAAAAAAUGACCCGUUAAAUAAAAAGAUUUGAGGCGA